AUGUCUGCUUCACCCACCAAUCCAUCAGCGGCUACCACCAAGCGCCCCCUUGAGGACCCCUCUUCCCCUUCUGGACUCACUGACCAGCCUGAUGCCAAGCGCCCGGCUCUGGACAAGGUAGCUCGCAACGGCGACGAAGCCAAGGUCAAGGAAGAAGUGUCUACCAGUCAGGUCAGCCAGAUCCCCGCAGUUGACGACUCUAAGGAUGUCCAAGGUGACACAGUCGUCCCCGAUGCGCCCACCGGCUCCAACGACACCGACAGCAAGACCAAGUCCGAGCCGCAGCCCAUUCAGUCCACGGCCUCCCACGGUGAUCGCGCCACCACUCAGAACGAGACCGAAGCCGACGAGUCGACUCAUAUCUACAUCCGUUGCAUUAUCACCACUCAGGAGGCAGCCACCGUUAUCGGAAAGGGAGGUGAGAACGUGUCCCAGAUUCGCCGUAUGUCCGGUGCGAAGUGUGUCGUCAGCGACUAUCAUCGGGGUGCCGUUGAACGGAUUUUGACCGUCAGUGGCACCCAGGAUAUCGUAGCCAAGGGAUUCGGCUUGAUUAUCCGCACUCUUAACAAUGAACCCCUUGACGUUCCAUCCACAGCGCAAUCCAAGACCUACGCUCUGCGUUUGCUAAUCCCUCACAUUCUCAUUGGCUCAAUUAUCGGCAAGGGCGGAGUCCGAAUUCGCGAAAUCCAGGUUGCCUCUGGAGCUCGCCUCACUGCUUCCGAUGCUUGCGCUCCUUUCUCGACUGAGCGCUCGGUGACCAUUCUUGGUGUCGCCGAUGCCGUGCACAUUGCCACAUAUUACGUUGCCGUUACCUUGAGCGAACAAUUGACUGCGCGUUACAAUGGACCGGCCGCUUCCAACUAUGCCACUCGUACUGGUGCCGCAGUUACACCCGUCCCAGGUGGUAUGAUCGUUAUUCCCUUUGUUCCUAUGUCCAUGGCUGGCAAUUGGGGUCAGUCGGAUCAUUACAACAAGCGACCCCACCAGGCCCCACCCCCUGCAGCUGGAUACGGUGCUGGUCCCUACGGCCAAAAUGCUAUCCAGCCUGCUAUGCCCUACGUUGCACCCCCUGCUCAGUACCCUGUUGCACCCCAACACCCCGGCCAGCCUCAAUUCAUUGGUCCCCAGGCCCCUAAUGGCCGAGGACCUCCUACCGGCCCUGCCGGUGCUAUUCCUAGCGUUGGCGGCCUAGUCACCCAGCAGAUCUUCAUUCCCAACGAUAUGGUCGGUGCCAUCAUUGGCAAGGGCGGUGCCAAAAUCAACGAGAUCCGUCACUUGAGUGGCAGUAACAUCAAAAUCAAUGAACCCCAGGACAACAACAACGAGCGUCUGGUUACCGUCAGUGGAACUCAUGAGGCUAACCAAAUGGCGUUGUACAUGCUCUAUGCAAGACUCGAAUCCGAGAAACACCGUCCGUAA